UUUUUAUUUGUCAUCUCUGUUUUUUCCCAUGCAAGACAAGAAAUCUAAGAAGAAAGAAAAUAAACGCAGUAUAUUUCAGUUAUGUUUCCCCUGCAUCGGCAAGCAAACAUUCAGCUGCGAUGAAGUGAUGUGCGACAGUUUUGGUCGGGAAUUCACCGAAUACGAAUACGUAAUCGAGAAACCUGGCGAUUCGGAGAGCUCCGAAAGUGCUGCUAGACUCGGCCUUGUCCGCCAAGAAGUCCAAGUCGAAGUACGGACAGACGGAGAGGGUGCCUGUAAGAAACUUUGGGACAAGCGUCGACAGGAGAUCCUUGCCUGAGGUAAAGUUGUG